AUGCCUCCAAGCGGGCUGGAAAGGGUCCCGCAAAGAGCGUACACCCCCCGCCCAAGGACCCCCGAGACCGGUGCCAUGCGAAAUCAUGGCAUCUCUCCCAAGGGAAAACAACCCCGAAAAUCUGAUAGCACUCGACCAUCAGACCGCAAACGGCGAGUCUCCACCUCCUCAGUCUCAAGUGUCUCCUCAGUGUCAUCUCUUGAAGAAUUGAGCGAUGGUGAUGGUGAUGACUCGGAAGAAGAUGCAGAUGACGAGCAAGAACCGGCUGUCCGGGCCCCGUCUUAUGGCCGCCGUAGAGACACCAAGGCGGGGCGCCAACAAAACAGAACCAAAAGACGCCGUGUUGUGCAAGAUGACAGCAGUGACGGCAGUGAUGGCAGCGACUCUGAGAGCUCAGAUGAUGUCUAUGCCGGCGUUGACUACAUCACAGAUGCCGAGGAUGAGGAACAAGAGAUGGAGAAAAUGGAGGAGAUGAUGAUCAUGGAGUCUGAAAAGAACCCUCGGCCUUUGCCCAGCUCCGAAUUCAAUGAUGAUCUGUGGACAGCGAAUGCGUUCGAUGAUAACAUGUUCCUCCCAGCUGCCUCCUUCUUCGACGAAGAGCACCUUUACAGCGCCAUGGACACUUUCGGCGAGCCCGAUGUGCCUAGUGAAGCGGUGGAAACACCGGCCACCCGACGCGUACACUUCGAGGAGCGAUCUGACUCGUCCUCUGAUAGUGAUUCACACACUGAUGAUGAUAUCCCUGGGGACUUCUUGCAGCAAGACAGUCUUGAUCCCCAGCUCCGUCGGAUGAUUGAAAACGACAAUGAGAAUUACCGUAGAAACAACCGUCGCCAAUCCGAAGAGAUGUUUGGCGACGUUGACUACGGUCAUGGAAACAUCUAUCAUGUCGAAUCCGAGGGCUCCUCCGAGGGAAGCCUGAGCGGCUAUGAAAGCGACGAUGGCGACACUACAGACGAAGAUCUUCCCCCACCUGCAACCAUCACCCACCCUCGAUCGCUUCUUCGUCGUGAUUCAUCUGACUCCUUGGCCCCUACGGGCGAUGACAAGAGUGACAGUGUGCCCCGUCGACGUGGGCCCAUCAUGGGAACCUUCACCACAGACCCCCACAAGCCAGUGGCUUUGGUCGACUGCACUGGCAAGCAUCUUGUCAUUAUCCCUGCGUACGCUUCUUCACGCCACGACUGGCUGGACUCUGCCGCCAACAGCAUGCCCGGCACUGCGAAUACCAGCCCUCGUCAAACUACACUGCACCUUGUCGACGAGAGUGACACGGAUGCACUUGCGUCUCCCAAUCAAACCGACUUCAGCCCUAUGCUGGCUUCGAGUGCCAAUCUCAUGAUGACCGCUUUGGGCAAUGACCUGACACCAGGAGGUCAAGUUAUGGGCCCCCCUGAGGCAUUCUACCCUUCUCAAGAUUUCACCAUCGACAGCUCGUUCGAAGAGGACGACGAGGAAGAUCCCGAAUCUGCUCUCAACGUCGAUGAUUUCAUCGACUUUGGGAACGGCUCCUCGGAUGACGAUGAUGAUAUGAACCAUAACUACCCGGAAUCCGCUCAGGCAUCCCCAGGAACUGCUCCAUCUGCCAAAUCCAUGGGUACACCCACGCCUACCCGCAAGUCCGAGUCUCAGCCUACCAACAACGAAGAGCGAUUCCUCAAUCAUCUUGACAAAGGCAUUGUGACCGCCUUCCGUCGCAACCACAACCGCUACCAAGCGCUCCUCCGCCUCCCCCAACACCGCGAGUUCAUGCCCGCGAACUCCCCAGCGCGCCCUGCUAGUGUAUUCCGACACGCAAAAACCACAGACCAGCGCACUCCUACGCGCAAGCGCAAGUCCAACACCAUUGCUGGUGGCGAAGCUGUGCGACGUAAGCUGAUGGACGCUCAGCAGCGUCGCUCCUCUCAGCUCCCGCUCUAA